AAGCCCAAUACUUUCUUUUGGGCCGGGUCAGAAAACUGGUUUAUUUAACCAUUAUCACGCCCAACGAAAUCUUCUUCUGAAUUUUUUAGGGUUUUUGCUUGAGUUGUCUCCUCUGUUUUCCGCUAACAUGGUUCUUCAAAAUGAUAUUGAUUUGUUAAACCCACCAGCUGAGCUUGAGAAGAGAAAGCACAAGCUCAAAAGACUUGUUCAGUCACCAAACUCUUUUUUCAUGGAUGUAAAAUGCCAAGGUUGUUUCAAUAUAACCACUGUCUUUAGCCACUCUCAAACUGUUGUGGUGUGCGGUAACUGUCAGACCGUCUUGUGCCAGCCUACAGGUGGCCGUGCAAGGCUAACAGAAGGAUGCUCCUUUAGGAAGAAGGGAGAUUAAAUGGUGUGUCAUCUUUUCUUUGUCCAUGGUUGCAGAGUUGUGGUUGUUAGGCUUAAGAUGGAAUCAAUGUUGUUUCAUGUUUUAGUUUCAAUGUAUUAAAUUUUGUUAAGUUGUAAGACUUGAUGCCCACAAUCUUAUCUAAGACCUUAACCUAGCAUUUCUAUUUACUGUUGUGCAUUUCGUUAUCUUAUGCUUUUUUUGAUCUGGUGUUAUAAUGUUAUUGAAUAUGUAUUGUUUAAUUGUA